AUGACAGGUAAAUAUGGAGCUCUUAUUCUCAACCUCCUCUCCAUUUGGUUUUCUCUACAGAAGUACGGUUCUGACUUCUCGACACCGAUCAACAAUCAAGAGUUAGCCAUGGAACAAAUCCGUGAAAACUUGAAUCAGAUGAGGAUAGAAAUGGGGACCAACAUGGGUCAGUGUAUGGAGGCUAUUCAAACCCUUGCUCUUAGACAAGAAGAGUUGAGACAUGUUCUUCAGAGGCCAGUUACGGAUGGUGUUCCCACCCUGGGAGAAGGUCUUGUGGAUCAGAAUGUCAGAAAUGUUGUUGAAAUUCCUAUUCCUGCUCAGGAGAAUGCACAUCAUGAGAACAACUUAGAACCUGAAGCCUUCAGGCUCCCAAUUAAUGAAACUGAAAAAAGGUUCCACCUCUUGGAGAAAAGGUUGAAAGCUAUAGAAGGUCGUGAUUCCAUUGAUUUAGAUGCUGAUGGGUUGUGCCUAGUCCCUGGUGUCAAGAUUCCUGUUAAGUUCAGAGUCCCUAACUUCGAGAAGUACAAGGGAACCACUUGUCCGUUGACUCACGUGAAAGCAUUUUGUAACAAAAUGGCUCCUUAUGCUGAGAAUGACAAGCUAUUGAUGCAUUUCUUUCAGGACAGCCUCAGUGGUACAUCCCUCGAGUGGUACUCUCAACUAGAACGAACUCAUGUCCGAACUUGGAAAGAAUUAGCAGAGGCGUUCGUCAAGCGUUACAAGCACAACAGUAACAUGGCUCCGACCAGAAUUCAACUCCAAGCUUUUACUCAGAGAACUGAUGAGUCUUUUAGGGAAUAUGCCCGAAGAUGGAGAGAACUGGCUGCCAGAGUUCAACCUCCACUAUUAGAACAAGAGCUCAUGGGUAUGUUCAAAGAUAUGUUGGAAGGUCCAUACUACCAAGGCUUGAUUGGUGCUUCUGAAUUUGCAGAAUUGGUUUUCGCCGGCGAACGAAUUGAGAACGGUCUUAGGAAUGGUAAUAUCCAAGAUGUUGAUGAUCUUUUUGAAUUCCCCAGACGUGUGGAUGGAAGAGCCAGUGUGAUUCCUGAGUAUGAAGAGGAGUCUCUUAAUCAUCCUCUCGAUCAGAUCUCUCGUAAUGAAAUGGAAGUGAUUAUUUCUAUUCAGGAUGACACACAAAUCUGUGCUACAGCUCUCAGUCAUCCACCUACUCAGUUUGCUCAAAGGGAUCCAGUUUUGCAUGAUCAAUCAGCUCAGUCUACGCAGCCAUGGCGGAACCAUCAACAAAAUCGUCACCAGCAGGGUAGACAGAGGCGUAGAAAGCCAAAAAGAGUGUACGAUGCCAUUCCUAUGACUCAUGAUGAGCUAUUAUCUGAAUUGCUCAAACUUUCCUUGGUGGAACCAAAGCAGUUGGAUCCUGUUUCUUUCCCGUACCCUGAGGGAUUUGACCCUAAUGUCAGUUGUGGCUACCAUGCUGGGGCACCUAGUCAUUCGACUGAAGAUUGUCAGCCAUUCAGAGACAAGCUCAUUGAAUCCAUUGCCUGUGUGGAAAGUUUCAAAGUUAAGAUGUCUGACAAUCAGUUUGCUCUUGCAUUUGCCCAUUGUGGGUGA